UUAUCACAGUUUGUCCGCCGUGUCUAUUGAGUAAGGCAGUGCACCGCUGUAUGUGUAAGUGAAGAGAGCUAUGGCUGGACCUACACCAAUCAGAGAGGACCUAGAAAACGCUCUCAAGGAAGGCCAUAAAGCCAGAGUGGCUUCACUUAUCCAGAAUCACAGCGAUCUUCUCACCUCUAAAUCAUUACCAUGGUUACAUUUAGCAGUUAGUGCUCCUAAGAACAGUAGUAAACUUUUACGACUGUUACUCAAGGAGGGAAUUUCCGCGGAUGUUACCGAUUCGUCAGGAGCCACAGCUCUACACUUGUCGGCCAAGAAAGGCCAAAAAAGGUGUCUUGAAAAUCUUUUAGAAUGGAAGGCCAAAAUUGAGUGUAAAGACAAUUUGGGAAGAACUCCAUUGCACUAUGCAGCUCUGUGCAAACAUAAAGGAGUUGUAGCCUGUAUACAAGUGCUGCUUGAGGCAGGGGCUUUUCUUGACGCAUCCAACAAGAAAGGCCUCGCUCCUCUCCAUGUUGCAGCUGAAGUUGACAAUGUUACUGCUGCAAGGAUCUUUCUGCAUGCUGGUGCCUCACAGAAUAUGGUAGACGGAAGAGGACGGACGCCUAUUCAUAUUGCGUCAUCGAUCAAAAUGACGGAGAUUCUGGUGCUUGCAGGAGCUGACAUGACGACUGAAGACGCUGAGGGUCAAACGCCCCUGUACAAAGCCAUUUCGCACUUUCCCUCUCUCGUCCACACAAUGCUGACCUCCGGAGUGGCUGUCCGUGGUGACCCAUGCGACAGUCAACUAGGUGUCUACUUUAACUUCAACGUCAUUUGUAGACCAGGAAACGUCGAAGUAAAGUUGCUUAACGCUUUGGCACACGAUGAUCACUUCGAUAGAUUAAAACAUCCAUUGUGUGAAACGUUCCUUCAUCUGAAAUGGCUUCUUAUUCGUACUCUAUUUUGCAUCAAGUGGGCAAUGUUUGCUUUUGUGGUAUUUGCUCUGACCAUCAACGUGUGUCUGAGGGUCCAUCUUCCCCUCCCUCAAGACUGCAACACCUCUACUUACACAGUGUGGGUGAAUAAUAAGUGUUCUUACAUAAAAACUGCUGCUGUGCUACGGUGGUUAUCGCUGUUGAUGAUGAGCGCAAUAGUGAUGAGAACAUUGUUGCAGAUCUCCGUGAAGAAGAGUCUUUUUUUGCGACGGAAGGACAAGUGGUUGGAGAUGGUGUUUAUAGUGUGCUCGAUUCCCCUCUUGGUGACGGAGGGGCGUCUGGAGAUGUGGGAACGGCAACUAGGGUCCUUCACGCUUCUUUUGGGUUGGUACGGGGUGACCAUGAUGGUGGGCCACAUACCCUCUGUCGGCAUCUACGUUCAGAUGUUUCAUGCUGUGGCACUGAAGAUGAUGAAGUUCUCAGCUGUGUUCCUGUCGCUGUUUGUGGGUUUUGCAGUCAGUUUCCACCUGUCAUUUGUGGAGGUGGUGGCAUUCAGAACGGCGUGGUCCUCUUUCAUUAAGACACUCGUCAUGAUGGUGGGGGAACUAGACACUGCAGAACUGUUUGAAACUUCUGACUCUGAUCAAAAGAUAUGGGUUUUGCCCGAGUUGAUAUUUAUCAUCUUUGUGCUGCUCAUAACGGUGAUCAUCACAAACCUCCUAGUGGGCCUCGCAGUCCAGGACAUCCAAGAAUUGCAAAAGGUUGCUGGAGUUAGUCGUCUGGCCCACACAGUGGAGCAGGAGGCUUCUUUUGACUAUUUUUUGUCUUCACGUUUACUUGAGUGCCCCUUCUCAGCAAAUUUCUUAACCUGGAUGAAAAAGCGUUACUCUCUUCUUCAACAAUUUCCACCCAUACCUCUUCAUGAACCAUCUCUAAAGAGGCUAUCCUCAGUGUGGCUGAGCAAUCAAGAAUCAGAAUAUAAAACAUUUGGACAUAUGGAUCAUUACAAUGUGGUUAUAUUCCCCUAUGAUCCAACGAAUCCUGGAAGGGUUUACAAGUAUCAACAAACCACACGAAAGAUGGUUCCAACAUCCUACAGUCUCCCAUCGUGGAUAAUCAGGAAUACCAAGAAACUCAUUGAAAAUAACCCCAAUAUUGGUUACCGUGAUGCAGAUUUUAUAUAUGGAUGUGACUCUGAUUGGGACAGUAGUUCUGAUGAUAGCGAAUAAGUUCACUGGUAAUGAUAUUUUGACUGACAGUAGUAGAUGUAAUGUACUGUAGUUCAGAAAGAAGUGACCCUUAAACUUUCAUUGAACUUUAUGACCAAGUAAAUUAUUUAAAGGAAGUUUAACUAUACUAAGCCAACUCUCUCGUUAAACAGCGGAGUAAGUUACAAUAAAUUGUUUUUAAUGUUUCUGUAUUUUUUAAGUUUCAAACAUUUUCAUUUGAACUAACGACACUACUAGCCAUAUUGACCAAUUCAGGCCACAUCUAAGGUAAUUAAAAUUAUUCCUGAAACAAAAUUUUAAUUUAGCUAAUUAAAAAUAAAAACCCAAAUUAAUUCCUAAACUUUGGUAUUAAUUAAUCAUUCAGUGUUGAUAUGAUUUGUCAAAUUUUGCUUUGUGAUUUACUCAGGUAAACUAAACUUCAGUCUGUUUAAGCCUUACUGGUAUAUGUAAAGGUUUUGUUUUAACCCCGAGUUGUUUUGCCUGUGUUGCCAUAUGGAAAAAAAAUGCAAGGAACCUGAAACUUCCAAUGGUGUUGGCUGCCAUCCUGCAGCUAACAUCCACUGAUGAUGGCCACCGUUUAAAGGUUAAACAGAGUGGUUAUUUAUUUAUUUAUAAUUUUAAUUUCAAUUAAAUUUGUCAGCAGUGGCCUCAUCUUCUGGUGUUGAAUGAGUCUUCUCUUAUGGAUUUGUUCAGUUGAAACUAAGGAACUGCCUUGGUACAGAAAAAGCAGCAAAACUUUUCUUUCUUUUUAAGCCUUCAAAUGUAGACACCGGUCAUGGUAACAAAGAUGAAUGAAAUGAGAACUUGUUGUUUGUAAUGUGUGAUGUAACAAUGACUUAACACAUUAGAAUUGGAUUUUUAUAAAUAUUAAAUGUCGUGUAUCCAAGUGUUGUGGUUUAGUUGUUUUCGUUUUGCUUUUCUACUUGCAACUGUUUUAUUACAGUGUCCUUAAUACUUAACAACCCCUACAUGUUCUAAGUAAAAGUACAGUACAAUAAAACAUGUAAGCAAA